UGGCGCUGACGCUGCCGGUCGGCGUCGGUCCUCUCGAGGAUGGCCGCUGGUCGGCGGCCUGGCUUGGUUUGACGGAGCUGGAACUCUCGAUGUGGCCGUACCCCGCGCUUGGAUCGAGGACGGCGCCUGCAGCGAUUUGAAUCCCGAGUCCACCUUGCCCCGCCAGGGCUGCUUCAAAGUUCAAGCCCUAGCCAGUAAACCCCGACUCGGAUGGAGAAAUCCGCGGCGGGAUCAGCAGGGGCGCGGAACGUCUCCAUGGACAAGUCCUUUCUUCAGUCAAACUCUUGCAAGAAGCGGUGUCUUUGCGAUUGGAUCAGCGGACUGCCCGACGAAAUCCUGGUCAGCAUCCUAGACAAGUUGGAUUCCAAGACUGCGGUCGGCACGAGCCUCCUCUCACGGCGAUGGAGGCGCUUAUGGAGACUCGUGGAAUCCUUCCAUUUCAGUGAGGUGGUUUUACCAGACAACUAUUGCUGGGUACGCCUCGGACCAAUGCGGGACUACUUGAACACACAUAGAGAUCACCAUUUUGUUGAGUCCCUCCAGUGGUUCACAAGGCUUAAGAGAGAGACGCCAUUGAGAAGACUGUCCCUUGUGUUCUCAGGCAGUGCGGAGUGUAGCGAUGUGGUCAACAGCGCCAUAGCUUCUGCAGCUCAGCAUGGUAUCAGCGAAAUUGAUAUGGCAAUUGUUGUAAGGAUGGAGUACGAGUUCCCCUGGUGGUUGUUCUCUGUUUACAGAAGCUCGCUGCUGACCAGCUUAUGCCUAAGUCAUUUCAAGCUUUCUGUCCCCCUCGACUUCAGAGGAUUCGGUUCCCUCACAAAGCUUGCCCUGGUCCAGAUGUAUAUGAGCCUGAAAGAGGUGCAAGUUCUCCUCAGGUGCUGUACAAACUUACUGAGCUUACACCUGAUUGGCAUGUUUGAUAUCAGAAUCCUGCGGCUUCCAAAGCUUAAAGAAUUGCUAUUGUUAAUGACUCCAUCGUUGGGUAAAUUUAAGGUAGACACACCAGACCUGCAAAGAUUGGAGUACUGCGGAGAGAUGCUCCCAACAUCUACGUUUCAAUCCAUUCCAUGUCUUGAGCAUGCUUCCCUGCAAUUUACUGAUGAUAUUUUUCCAGAAUAUGAUGCGGACAGGUUGGAUGAUAUCUCUACUUGUUUUCCCCAUAUCAAGAGCCUUUGCUUGUGGUACGAGAUCCCCAAGCUGGUCAAACCAAGAACUCCUGCCACCUUUUUAAACCUCAAAGUCCUAACUUUGAACAUCGCUACAAAACCUUUCGAUGAUCUUCUUUGGAUGUUCAUGUUCCUAAUUGCUGCACCAUAUUUGGCUACACUGAGAACUACUGUACGCUAUUUAUCAUAUCUUGAAUCUCAUAAUGGGGUGGUAUGGAAUGAUGUCGACUUCCAGCACGUCAGUUUGAAGAAUGUAGAAAUGUAUAACUUCAUGGGAAGAGAUAAUGAGAUAGGCUUGGUGAGGCUACUGUUAUGUAGGGCUCCUAAUCUGAGAUGUUUGUCCUUCAACCAAGCACGUCUGGAGGAAGGUGGUGAUCACCAGCUGGUACCCCCUACCUGGCCCAUGGCUGAAACUUUUUCCCCAAGAGACAGCCAGUUCGUUCUCUAAGUUACUGGAGAAUUGUCGGAGCCGACUCUCUCAGCCCUCUUCUCUCUUGGUUGUUUCACACAACACACACAAGAACACAAGGAAUUUUGGUGCCGUACUGUGUCACACAGCCGACGUUUUCCUCUCUCUAUAUUUCUUCUUGUACCAAAACAAAUAUGCUUUACAGCCCUUAAGUAGUACUCACGCACGCACACCGGGCACUACACUUGCCCACUAACCAGCCCACGCAUGCACUAACCCAGGCCACUAACAGCACACGCACACAUGCAGCUAACAAGAAUUGACCUUAUCUAACUACGGACCUUUUCUCAAGGUCGCAUAGGACUCACCCAUCCAUCGGCUUCAACUUGUGCAGGCCGUUGGCUUCAGACCAUCAUGCACCACCGUCUCACACGGCAAGCUAGCCAGCUUCACGCGGCAGCUCGGACUUUCUCCAUGCAUGCUUCUCCUAUCUGAAACUACUGACUCGUACGUAUCACACGUACCUCCCUACACACACAUUUUUCUACCUGCAACUACUACAUGCAAGACUGAAAUAAACAUGAGAAGAUACAUGAUCAAGAUUAAAAAGCUAACAAGAAUGUUUCUUCCAGUGCGUGUGUAGUAUUCAUCUGAUAAGGUACUUUCCGCACUCCAUAUUUGUGCAGCGUGUGACAUGUGAUGUUGCAUAAUCAAUGGCAGCAAAAUUUGAUAAA